AUGGAGCUUGAGCUCGGUCUUGCUCUUCCUUGUAACCAUUUUCCCACCAAUAUCAAAGGAUUCAACCAAAAUGGCAAUGCUGGAUUUGAUGACAUGAUGAUGAGGAGGAAGAAUAGUUUUGUUGAUAACUUCUCAGAGUUGAAGCAGAAAAGAGGUUCUGGAGAGGCCUUUCAGGAAAGCAAUGGAGGAGUACUUGAAUGUAAAACUCUGUCUUUGUUCAUAUGGAAUGGCCAACCAAAUGAAGAAGAAGAAGAUAAUAAUGAUGAUCACCAUGGAAGGAAGAAGAGACCCUUUAAGGCUUGUGACAAGGAUUUUGAGGAAGAAAAUCAAGUAGUUGGGUGGCCACCGAUAGACACAUGGAGAAAAAAACAACUUCAGGGGAAUUAUCAUCAAGGUGGUUGGAUUACAAAUUAUAGAAACAAUAUUGUUGGUGGAAGAAACUCUAUGUAUGUGAAGGUGAAGAUGGAAGGAGUAGCCAUAGGAAGGGAGGUUGAUCUAAGCCUCGAUGAUUCUUAUCAACUUCUUAUCCACAAUUUACUUCAAAUGUUUCCAAAAUACCAAAAUCGUGGCAAUAAUAGUACGCGAUUUGCGAUCUUGUACCAAGACAGAGAAGGAGACUGGAUGCUUGCUGGAGAUGUACCAAGGAAAACAUUCGUGGAGACUGUUAAAAGAAUAGAGAUAAAAAAGAAUGAGAAAUGA